GCGAAAGUAAACAAUAUAGGCGGACGGGUUUUUUAUGGAAAAAUAUAAAUUUUUUGUGCAAUUUACCUGUAAAAAUAUUCAUACGUUAUUAAGUAGAAUAUAAAACGGACAAAAACCAUGAGUUUGCAACCGGCUACUGCCCAAACUCCAACAACUUCCCAGGAUGCUUGUUAUAUCUCGCUGUUAGGCUUGGCAGAACAUUUUCGUACCUCACAACCACCAAACAUCAAAAAGUGUAUACAAUGCCUGCAAGCAUUGUUUACGUUCCAUCCACCUUCCAAAGUUGAGGCCAGAACUCAUCUGCAAAUGGGUCAGACACUGAUGGCCUACACCAAUAACAUCGAUUUGGCGCGCACGCAUUUAGAGACGGCAUGGAAAUUGUCAGAGCCCUUACUGAAUUUCGAUGAUGUCAAAUUUGAUACUGCUUCAUUGCUGUCGGAGUUGUACAGACAAACGGAACAGAGUUCUUUGGCUAAAGCAAUGUUGCGGAAGGCCAUAGAGCUGUCGCAAAACAACGUUUACUGGCACUGCAAACUAUUGUUGCAACUGGCACAACUGCAUGCCAACGACAAGGAAUACACGUUGGCAUCAGAACUAUUGGCUGUGGGUGCUGAAUCGGCAGACGAGGCUAGUGCCACGUAUUUGAAAGUUUUAUUCUUACUAUCGAGAGCCAUGAUCUUGAUGAUAGAACGAAAAACUAACGAUGUGUUGGCUUUACUCAAUUCCGCUGGUGCUAUAAUCGACAAUCACAUAACAAAUCCACAUCAUAAGGAGUACUUGAAGGUGUUUUUCUUGGUGCUGCAAGUGUGUUACUAUUUGGCUUUGGGACAGGUGAAAACGGUGAAGCCAAGUCUAAAGCAAUUGCAAAUGUCUAUACAAACAAUUAUGGCGCCAAAUUGGCCGGCAGAUGAUGUAAUAUUUGGACAAAAUCCCCUGGAUAUGUUUGGAUGGCUACCCAAAGAGCAACUGUAUGUAUUAGUUUACUUAGUAACGGUAUCACAUUCCAUGAUGGCUGGCUACAUGGAUAAAGCACAAAAGUAUACCGAAAAGGCUUUGACACAAAUCGAAAAGCUAAAAGCACAAGAUGACAAACCCAUAUUAGCGGUAUUCAAGGUCAUACUACUGGAGCACAUUGUUAUGUGCCGCAUGGUUAUGGGCAAUCGUGAAUUAGCCAUACGGGAAAUAGCUGCCUGUCGCGACGUAUGUUUGGCCAAGGGCCCAAAUGGUCAAUUACUUAAGCGUCAUUCAGCACAAUUGCACUGUUUGGUGGGAUUGUAUGCCAUGUCCACGAGUUUCUUUGAACACGCCGAAAAACAAUUUCUAACCUGUGUGGCCGAGACGAGCGAAAGAGAUUUGAAAUUAUUCGCUAAUUUAAAUUUGGCUAUAAUUUACUUAAGAACAAAAAGAGAUCAGGAUUUGAAGCAAAUAUUGGAUGCUGUUUCCACAGAAAAUACUCACACGUAUAGUUCUCAAGCUUUAAUGGGUGGAUUUUAUUAUGUCCAGGGUCUUCAUGCCUUUCACAAGGCAAGUUUCCAUGAAGCCAAGCGUUUUCUGCGUGAAACUUUAAAAAUGGCCAAUGCAGAGGAUUUAAAUCGUUUAACAUCUUGUUCAUUGGUUUUGUUGUCUCACGUCUUCCUCAGCAUAGGUAACUCUAAAGAGAGUAUGAAUAUGGUGACACCAGCUAUGCAAUUGGCAUCAAAAAUACCCGAUAUACAUGUUCAGCUGUGGGGUUCAGCCAUACUGAAGGAUUUACAUCGUAUGUCAAAGGAUGCUCUACACGAAAAGGAAGCCUACGCCAAUCAUGUCAAAUAUUCCGAAAAUCUUAUUGCCGAUCAAUUGAAAUGUGUACAGAGUAUACAUCAUUCGUUAAUUGAUUGGUUAAAAGGACCGCCGCCGGCAACUGGAGGUGUUGCCGCCAUUACAGCUGGGGUAGGUAAUACUACUGUUGCCACUAAUCAAGUUGUACCAUUACCCACUAAUCAACCAGUGAUGCAGCAGCCUACGCAACAGCCUCUACAAAUACCAAUAACCGCUGCACAUUUACCGUCACAUCCUCUGCAACAGCUGCAGCCACCACAACAACUUCUACCAUCCACUAAUCCCACCCCUCAUAUACCUGCAGCACAAACUGUAAUACAGCAACAACCUUUAACACAACAGCAACAACCUAUUGCUUCAACUUCCACACAACAACCACAGCAACAAAUGUUACCGCAGCAGCAGAUGAUUAUGCAUCAUCAACUGCCUCCCCAGCCUCAGGUGAUUUUGAAUCAUCCGCAACAAACCGUUCAAUAUAUACAUCAACCAAUUGGUCCCCAAGUGCAACAACAACAAUUUGGUCAGUACUAUUAGUUUUGUAAAGUUAAGCAGAAAAGGAAUACAGUUUGUGGUUUAAGUUUCUAGGAAAACAAACAAACAAAUACUUCAAAAUGCAGCCUAUAACAUUUUUUUUAAUAGUUUUAAGUGAUAAGAAAAAGAAAGUGAAAAAAUAAAGAAAUCUUUUAAAAAACUGAA